AGCGCGAUCCGCUUUGUGUGCACUUGCAUUUCAACAAGCUGUGCAAAAAACACACGCAUGUAGAAAACUUUAGCCGGAAAACGUUAAAUAUGGAAAAGAGAUUUAUUUGGCUGGUGCUAUGCAUCCUGCACAGCUCUAAUGGCCUGUACUUCAAAAUGCGGGAAAAGGAGCGAAAGUGCUUUAUUCAGGCAACGCCAGAAGACGAAACAGUGAUUGUUCAAUACAAGGCGGAGGUGGAGGAUCCCAGGUCCGGCGGCUUUAUGCCCAUGUCCCCCGGUAUUGGGAUGCAUGUGGAGGUGCGGGACAGCAAUGAGAAGGUUAUAAUCUCCCGCGUCUAUGGCUCGGAGGCUCGUCUCAUGUUCACAACCUUCUGGCCAGGCGACCACCACAUCUGCCUGCAAUCAAACAGUUCCGCCUGGUUCGAGGGCGCCCUACUGCGCGUUCACAUGGAAAUAAAGACGGGCGAGCGCACCGCGGACUACGCAAGGAUUGGGAGGACGGAGCCCCUGGAUUACAUGCAGUUGCGGGUUCGACAGCUUAUGAAUAAGGCAGAUGAGAUUGUCAAGCAGCAGAAUUUCCAGCGCUAUCGGGAGCAGCUCUUUUUAGAGUCUCACAAUAACCUCUACUCCGAACUGAUCUUUAUUUCCAUAGUCCAGGUUGUGGUCCUCCUUACUUUUAUGGCCAUUCAGUAUCGUCUACUAUUUGGUAACAAACCACUGUUCUUGGCCUACUGCAAAGCUCUCAGUGACGAAGAGCUGACCAGGUUCAGGACACCAGAGGCGUACAGGGCACUCAUGACCCUGCUGGGUCCCAAUGGUCAAGGGCUUACCACAAGCGCCAUUUCAGAAUGGGUAUUCCAGCUACAAGAUCCAGAGUCAAGGGAUGAGCAAGAGCAAAUUAUUAUCAGUGAAAAGCUUCAAUCUAGAGUGACAGAAUUUGCUGGGAAGUUCUUCAGAAACAGAGAAACCGCAAUUCCGGGAAAUCCAUAUGGCAGCCACUACGCAUCCAAUGUCCAAUUGACGAAUAUCCUGGCCGAUGUACAGCGUAGUCGUAGUGGCCACUUGAAGGGCGACACCUUCUUAUUGGUCUGCGAGUGUGAAGAUUGCAGGGUCAAGGCUCCAAAAGGACUAGACAAGAAACCAUUAAUGUAAUCGUUUAACAAUCAUGUGCAAGUUGUCACUUUGUUCUUGUAAUUCUACCAACAGAUCGCUUCUAAAUAUAAAUUUAAUUUAUAAA